AUGGACGCUCUGGAAGCGGAUACGAAAGCUCAGGCAGAAGAGCUGAAGGAGCUGCGGGAGGAGAGGCGUGAACGGGACGCGAGUCUGGCGGAAGGGCAGAGCCGCACACAGCACUUGGCCGGCGCUCUCAGGGAACUGGAAUUGGAGUCUGCCGCGCUGAACUCUAGGGAGCGGGAAGCGGUUUCUCGGGCUGAGGGCCUCGAGCAAGAGCUUCACCAUCUCGAGUCGAAGGUCUCCGAGCUGUCACUUCGGUGUGAGGAGCUGCAAAAGCACGUUGUGGUGCUAAAAUCAGGCGAAGAGGUCCAGGGUUCUCGCCGAAAGGCAGCGGAGGCGUUCGCUCUGGCGGAGAGGCAAGACCAACUCUUGGAAGACACGUCGGCUAGGCUUGGCCAUCUUAAAGCCGAGUCAAAGCUCCUUCAGGAAGAGUUGGCCAAAACCAGAAAAAGUUCCGAAACCGCCAAGAAUAUCCUCGAACCGGUGCUCCAAGGCGCUAGGUCUCAGCUGGGACUGGAGUCGGGCGGUUCUUGUGAUCGCCACCCAACAACAAUGGCUGCGGCGACGCGAAAACAGCGUCGCCAGCAAGCGCACUCGUUCAACAGCGAAUGCGGGAGCCAGGAAGACUUCGAGGUCGAAAACGGUGCCGGGCAAAGACAAGCCCGGUUGGAUGAGGAGGGCGAAGAUGAGGUGGAAUUGGAGGAUCUGGCCAGAGAAGUUGCCGACGUUCUCUUGCAUGUGCUUGUCGGGACCGAGGUUGGUCACGGAAUGGGCGAAAAUAAGGAACCAGAAGGGCGAAAUGGAAGGACGAGGUGGACGGCAACCAGGUUUCAAGACGUGAGCUGA